CUACUGCCGAGCAAAGCCGUCACUCAACCAUCGUCGGUCCACUCCACUCCCCGCGCGGUCAAUCCUCAUCGCCGUCCGUCCGCCCGGCGUUGACGUCGUCGCCCCUGGGGCCCAACGCCACCUCGAAACUCGGGAAGCCUGAGUUGGGUCGCUUCAAAUUUCUCAGUCAAUUCACUGAAGUGAAUCGAAUCAAAAAAUGGCGGACAUAGCUCACGCCGAGGGCGAGAGCUUCGGCCUGCUGCAGGAGCUCGAGCAUAUUCUGGAGUCGGAUCCCCUCAUUGAUGAGAUCGGCUUCAUUCAUCCCACUCAACUCGCAGCGUUGAACGGAGAGGUCGAUGUCGAUUCAUUGAGUGAACCCGUGAGCUUGAACUUCUUUAGUAAAGAUCACAAGCUGGGGAUUUCCACACAGAUCCUGUUUCCACUGUACGAGCAGGCCAAGAAAGCGUUCUUCGAUGUAGUUACACGAUACAAGAUUCAAGGCGGGAUAUUUGAUAGCCCCAACACCCGUGACGAGCUCGAAGUCGGUGUGAUGAAGCAUAGCAAGGCCCUCUUGCUGCUGAGUGCUGAUUUGGGCACUGCUUGGAAUUCAAGAAGAGCAAUUGCCCUGGAGAAAGAUGCACUAUCUACGUACAUGGAUGAACUCCGACUGUCUGAACUCAUCCUUUCAUAUUCCGCAAAAAGUGACCAAGCAUGGAGCCACAGGCGGUGGGUGAUCAAGAGGAUUGCAGGGAAAGUUCCGAACCUGCAGGAGAUUCUGAGAAAAGAAUCUGAGCUAGUGGAGAAAAUAGCUGAGAGAUCAAAGAUGAACUACCGUGCUUGGAAUCAUCGAUGCUGGUUGGUUUCCUACAUGACCGCUGGAGAGGUGCUAUAUGAAUUGAAGAAAUCCAAAGCCUGGGCAGGUUUGCAUGUUGCUGACAGUUCUUGCUUUCAUUAUCGCAGAAGGCUUAUGAUGAGGAUCCUUGAGGCUUUCUGCUCCAGAAAUGCAUCAGCAUCAAAUAAAAGCAAUGAGAUUUACGAAACUUGGAAGGAGGAGCUUGCCUGGAAUGAAAUUUUGAUAAAGAGAUACAUAGGUAGAGAGGCUUUAUGGUUGUAUCGUCGUUUCCUGUCUCUGCACUGGUUAAGACACUUCACGAUGGAACCUGAUUCUGUAUCAUGCAAAUCCAAGCACACAGCUAACACGAGUGACGAUGGGCCCAGCAUCUUCCUGGACAAUGAGUUGCAUCUCUUUAGCUCUUGCUCUACUAUUCCAGAUAACGAUUUUGAUGAUUUUCAGGCACAAGCAAUGCAUUCAGCAACUUACAUCCUAUGGUUGGCAAAGCAACUGCCCAGGCCGCAGGCAAUAGAACUCCGGGAGAAGCUUAACAUUGGGGACAUGAAGGCUUUGCUCAGUAAGUUAUGCCCCCAGAGGUCAUUUCUCUGGGAUUCGCUGGAAGGGUAGCGACAUGAAUUUGACUUGUGUGGGAUAGCUAUACCCUACUGCAGAUUGUGAAAUUCUGAGCUACCUAUUUGGUCAAGUUUAAUUUACACAGAAGAUGAUCUUCGGUGCCAAUGAUGAUGUUGAAGGCUUGGAGCUGAUUCUUCCGUCCGACUGAACUGGCAUGAGAACUUCUAGAACUUUACUUGGCAACAGAUUUUAGAAUUACCCGUUUGUCUAAGCCACUAAUGUAUUUAUCUCCAUCUUGCUUUACCAAUGUUUAGAACCCAUUCCAUCAAUACUUUGAUCCGAGAUUAGAUUACAAGAAGGAAACACGAAUUUGACUCGUCGUUGUCUUCGAUUCCCGAAUGCUUAUGUAAUGUACUUAACUUCCCUACGAUUGCGUCC